AUGCUGUGUGCUGCUCGGGCUCUGAGGCCUCGGAGCUGGGCACCUGGGACCUACCAGACACAGAUGAGACUCGCCCGCCGGAGCGCUUCACUGCUGUCCUGGGAGCUUAUCCCCACAAGGGCAGAACCUCUCCAAAAGAAGAGGAAGGCAGACCCCAGAAAGGACCAAGCAGCAAAGGACCAUUCGAAAAAGACAUCCAAAAAACUGGGAAAAGCCACCCAAGAACUAAUUCCAGUUGAAGAUUUUACUAUCCCUGUGAGGCUCUUGGAUAAGUCAAGACAGCGACCUCGGGAAGGGCAUUCUCCUGAGGAGAGAGAGCGCAGAGUUCUUCUGCUGAAGAGGUGGGCACUAUCUCAGCAGCAGGAGCUGGAGAGGGACUCCAUCAAAGCCACGCUGGAAGCCCAGCAAGAAGGCCUGGGGGAGCUGAAGCUUGAUUCUGCAGAGCUCUGUGCUGAGACCGUGAAGUGGGACCCUAGCCUGUUCCCCUGUGAGAAAGAAAAGCCACAUUACACAUCACCUGUCUCGAACUACCGUGCCCCUGAAGGCAGGUAG